AUGCUCAUUAGUGCCAUUCCGGACAGUGUGGAUUUGAUUGCCCGAGAGGUUCGCGAAUUUAUGACCAACUUUGAUUUGGUUCUUACUUCGGGCGGGAUCGGUCCCACACACGAUGACGUCACCUUCGAAGGUGUAGCACGUGCUGUAGGUGAAGAAACCUACACACACCCCGAGUUAUUGCAUGUGGUCGAAACAUUUUUCGGUUUCACAUCUUCCGAUACCACCCCGGAUGAUCCUCGUCUUCGACUGGCUCGGGUACCUCAAUCUUGUGAGUUGGUCUACGGGAUCGACUGUUUCACCGGACGUCAAAGUUUUUACCCAGUUGUCAAAGUUAAAAAUAUAUACACCCUGCCGGGCGUUCCAAACCUGUUCCGUACCGGUUUUGGAAUGAUCAAACGAAAAUCCAGACUUCUGAACAAUGUAUCGAGCUGCUUUUAG